CUAAGUGCAUGCGCAACGGCCGCACUCCCUCGGCCGCCGCUGCUGCGGGCUUGAGGACGCGCGGAGCGCUCUCGUGCAGAGCUCGCGGCUGCCAUGGGCGAAGCGACGCGUCCCCAGCGCCCCGGGAUCGGCGUGGGGGUGGUGGUCACCAGUCCCGCGCAUCCCAACUGCGUCCUGCUGGGCAAAAGGAAGAGUCCGAUAGGAGCCGGCACGUACCAGCUCCCCGGAGGCCACCUGGAGUUCGGGGAGAGCCUGGCUGAGUGCGCCGCCAGGGAGACGCUGGAGGAGGCGGCGCUGCGCCUGCGCAACGUGCGCUUCGCUUCCGCCGUCAACGCCGCGUGCACCGCCGCGCGCUACCACUACGUCACCGUCCUCAUGAAGGGCGAGGCCGAGCCGGGGGCGGAGCCGCGCAACUGCGAGCCCGACAAGAACGAGGGUUGGGAAUGGGUUAAGUGGGAUGAGUUUCCCCCGGCGGAUCAGCUCUUCUGGGGCCUGCGGUGCCUGAGGGAACAAGGCUACAACCCUUUUACGGAAGACCUGGAUCACCUGAAGGGUUACACGGGGAGCCACCAGCUGGCAUGAAACCUGGUGGCAUAACAGCCCAAAGGACCGAGCUGUUUUUUUGGUGCAGAAAUCAAAAGGAUGUGUCACGCUGACUUUGCCCAUAUCUGAACUGCAGUUACCACUGCCGUGCUUUCACCUGAGUUGUCAUGCGGCUAGGAGGUAGAUGGGGCUGCCUUCCAAGCUAGCUCUUCAACUGCAAACAUCUUCUGUAGCUGUUAAUGUUUUCCUUUAGGCAUACUGCUUUAUCUGGGGAAUCUUUAUAAUGAGAUGAGAUGCCCUUUGGAAGUAAGUGAGAAACUUACUCGCUUGGAAACAGUUGUAGCAGCGUGCCCAAGAGAAAAUGAUUUGUUUAAGCAACGGUCCUGGUUUCUGUGUAAAGCUGUUAUGUAUAUCAUGCUGCUUUCCUGCAGUGAUACGUCUUGGACCAAUUUUUAAACUUAGCCUUGUUAUAUAGCUCCAGUUAAGAUGCUUUCAGCAUCCAUACUAAACAAAAGUUUUCCGAAGAGCGUCUUGCUCUCCUACAGUAUACUUGAAAAUCAGUACCAUAAACAUUUAAAGAUUACUGCAGAGAAUGAAAAUUCUCUGACCCCUUUUGCUUCCCCCCCUCCCCCAUCUACCUUCUGUUUGCACCCUCAGUUGCAAUAAAACUUGUUCUCAGAAGUAUUUCAGAUCUCAGGUGGCUACCAUUUCUGACCAUGAACUCUAAGAGGUUAACGUCAAGGAGCCUACGGUCUUCUUCUAGGCUGACAUAUUAUGUAAAUCAAUUCAUUUACAGGUGUACAGCUGUGUCAGACAGUUGGACUUUUAAGAGGAAUGCCAGUAUUAAACAGCACAGAUUGAUGUAAUCCUUUACGGCUACUAGGAUUUGAUUAAAAUCUUAAUUUUCUGCAUGGGGCGACCCAAUAAUUGAAUUGGCAGCAAAUGCAAUCACAGACUACAUCUACAAAAAUGAUGAAUUUGUCAUUUUUGUACGAACUGUAACCAAACCUGGCUUUUUUCAAGCUGUAGGUAUGAGGAUUUUAGCCAUUCCUUUUUGGAUAAGGACAGACUGUGACUUGGAAAAAAAACCACAUAAUUGCCUUAGGUUUUUCUUUCCAGGGUUAUUUUAAAACACAUUUUUGUUUGUAUUGUUCAGAUACACCCGUUGUAGAAAACUAUCUGAGAUGUAUUUUUUUUAAAAUAAGCACAAUACUGGAAGAUUAAAGUUGUCUGAGAUUA